AUGGAUACAAACGGUUUUUCUGUAACAACAAUAAGUGGAACAAGUGUUGUAGAUGAUAACAUUACAUCAACUAAAGCAAGAAAACGUGGUACACGAGCUCCACUUCGUCCAGUUGAUUCAAAUGGUUAUAUGGAAAAUGGAAAUAUGUCUAUGCCAUCACCGAAAAAUAUUUCAACUUCAAGAAAUAAUCAAUCAACAGCUUUAGAAACAUCUACUUAUUCUCAACAAUCAAAUAAAUCAAAUUUCACAAAUACUGAUCGUAGCAGAAAAUCUGAUAAUUAUGAAGUAACUAGUAUUCCAGAUGAAGAUGAUUUAUAUGGACGAGAAAAAAAACCUGUAUCUCAAACACUAAGUCAACCCAGUCAAGCAAUGACUGAUAAUGAUAAUACAAUGGUUUCAUCAUUUACAACCGGUGGUGAUAAUGAUGUUAUUGAAAUUCAUCAAUUUAGUACGGGUGAUGUUGAUGCGUAUCUUGAUAUUUAUUUUGAAACACUCGAUAAUCGUUUACGACAUUUUAUUGGAGAUGAUGAAGAAUUACAAAGAUUUCGUGCAGCAAUGAAAAGUCGAAUAAACUCGAAUCCAAAUGCACGUGAAUAUCAAAAUGUUCUUCUUGGUAAAAUCAAUGGCGAAGUUUUAGCUGCAGUAACAAUGUUAUUUCCAAAAGAAACACCAACUAUACCAGAAACAUCAGAUAUUGUACCACAAAAUACUUGUUUAACAUCAAUGCAUCGUUGGAUGGCACGAAAAGCAAAUUAUGUUCCAACGAAUAUUGAAGAAUGUUAUAUUGAAAUGAUUGGUGUUAAAUCUGCUUAUCGAAAUCAUGGUAUUGGUUCGGCUAUGCUUGAAUGUGUUGAACAAUUUGCACGACAAGCUGGUGCAAAUUUAUUAACAAUACAUACAAAUGGACAACGAUUACGAAAUUAUUUUGAACGUUUUGGUUUUGUUAUUGAUACAACAGAUAAUUCACAAUUUUGGAAAUGGGUGGUCGAACGACAAAGUAUCUAUAAACUAUCAAAAGUUCUUCCACCGGAUGAAGAAGAUUUCUAUCAACGCGCGAAUAGCUAUGUUAGUGAGAGUUUGGCUGACAGUACUUUCGAAUAA